CCACGCAACCUUGAUAACACACAAGGGGAACUGUGUGCGUCUGGCCUCUUUCAGUGUGGGAGGUUCACCAGCCAGCAAUACACGUUGACUGAACUAACCCAACAUUUGUAUUGUGUUUGUGGUGUAACGGCUAAAGUGUGGGAGUUUUUUUUCAAGAAGAUGAUAAUCCACAGAAAACGACUUGCCAUGCUGAGAGGGAGACCCAAAUUCUCGCUCUCCCUAGGAAUGGUGUUUUGUGCUGUGUUACUCCUCAACAUUAGUUCUUCGAGUGUUCUCGCUGCUACAUGUCAAGGUAUAAAGAUCGAGAGCAUAGUUCAAAACUGGACCACAGAAGAAACUACAGAAGUGAACGUAUGUCUCAGUUGUGGACAGAGGCUAGAACAGUCACUCUUGACUCAGUAUGACCUCCUCAUAACCAAUGACCUUGGGAAAUCCUGGCGUACGAGGGGAGUAUUACAGAAAACAGAUCGUCGCCUUUGCUUUCCCGGGGUGACUCUGGAAAAGGAGGAUUUCGCCAAAACAUUAACCUAUACGGUCACAGAAAGUGGAGGCAAUGAGCUGAUUGAAGAGGUGGAGACAUUCUUAAUAGUUCCCAAGAUAACCCCCAUGAGCCAAGACAUCUACGAAAUAUGCUGGGAAAACCCUGGGGAUCUCACGUUCUUUCUCAAGCAAGAGGAGUCUGAGACACAGCAGACCGCCCCUUUCACCUGUGAGCGAUGUUGCCGAUAUCUUAUCUCGCAGAGUCCAGGCGACCUCGUGACCCUGGAAACAGCUGGUACGAAAGACUCCUUCGCCAGACAGCUGGUGCAAGUCCGCCUGCCUGAAAAUCUACCAAAAUCUAAAAAAUCCCUUAUCAUCAAGGAGCUUCACAAGGUAUCCAGGGACGACGACCCGAGUGGAAGAGAACAGAACAUGAAGGUUUAUUUGGAUCCCAACGAACCACCCGAGGCAGACCAUUUCACUUUAUACCUUGUGACCAGCGAAAACCAGAUACCAUAUGCCUUUUAUAAAAAACACGAUGCUGCUGUGAUCGAGUUCUCGGGGAAUUUCGUAGAUUCGAACCAUGUCAUCAUAAAAGCUGAGAAGGACGGCGCAAUGACGGGGUUUGGCUAUGUGAGCCGGGAUAUAGCAGACCCGGGUUCUAGGGUGGCGAGGGUAGGGGACUCCAGCGCCCCGUCCCUCAGGGUGGAUCCAGGGGCUCGAGGCCAAGUGGACGUCCCUGACAAGACUCCCUGCGCGGGAGGCUCUGGCCCUUGCUACUACGUCGGCCAGACCGCCCCCCUGCCCCCCCUCUGCGAUAACUUUCCCGAUAUCAUAUUCUGCGACGCCGUUGUAUCGGAAGUGCAGAACCCGACCGGCGCCCCGGCCCUGGAGCUCCGCAACCGGCAGGAGCUGCGAGUGCAGCAGCCCCGGCCCGACGGAGCGCGGACUGAGGUCGUGGUCUCCAGGGACGGCUCCAUCCUGUCUCCCCCCGACGACUUCGGCUGCGACGACCUGGGCGACGGCAUUUGCUCGCAGCCUGUGGCCGUCGCCGACGACCUGGACGGUUUCGACGUGACGCUCGUCGUGCUGGACGGCGACGGCUACGUCACGGCGUCACUCGCUGUGCCCUUCGAAGUGCACGGCGUUGUCGCGUUCUCCCUCUCCUCGGACGUCCUGCAGGUGGAGGUCGACCCUCGAUCGAGGGGCACGUACGAGGUCACGCUGCCCGACCUCUUGUCCCCUCCCGCGGUCACCGUGGAGUGUCAAGCUGGGUCGCCGUGUCGCGUCUGGUUCGCCGGGGUGGAAGCGCCCCCUUCAGUGAGCGUCAAGAAAGAAUCUAAUACCGUUUAUGAGGAUAUAUCCGCAGGCCCACCUACUCCGGCGUCCCGAGUCGAGCGCCUCACCUCGCGCGGCGCCGACGCCAGCAUGGACGUCGAGGUGGCGACGGGCAGACCCGUGACACGUGCCAACCUCGUGACCUUCUCGAGCGACGUCGCCACGGACGCCGACUGCGAAAGCCUCGCGGCGACGCCUUUGGAGUUCGGCUUCUCGGUGGCUGCAGCUUCACGCGACGCAGGAGAGUGGAACUUCUUGGUCGUAGGAUACGGCGACGGCGAAGUCCUGCUGGAGGCCGGCCGAGCGAAGGUAACACUCUCAGCCAUGGACUCCCGGGUGGGCGUGGUGGGCUCCGCCCUGGGCUCCCCAGACGCUUCUGUCAGGGUCGACGUCGGGAGCCUAGAUGACGUUAGUGUCGAGGGCGUCGGGUCGUGCGCGAAGCCGGACAGUCCCUGCUACUUCCUGACGGAGGCGCUGACGGCGGGCACUCUCAGGCACUGCGUCACCAUCGCCAAUUCGGCAGGAGGCGGGAGCAGUGACGUCUCUCAGUGUGACGUGUCUUUCACGCCCUUUAAACCGAUGGUCCAAGAACCAAUGUUAGAGCUGGUCGACAGAACUAUCCUGAAGGUUACUCCCGAGACGUCAAAUUUCCAUUCUCUCGAGGUGGUGGCUUUCAACCCGCAGACUGAUGACCUUCUUAGUAAACCAAGUCCGCUGUGCACUCCAGAGCCCGGCGGAUCCUGUAUUCAAGAGGUGGACAUUACAGAAGGACUCCUGGACUUCAGGGUGCUUGUAGUGGGGGUGGACGCGGCAGGGGAAACACAAGAGUCUGUUCUUUCUCCUUUCUAUGACUUCAUGACCCACGCCCAGCACUUCAACAACGGUACUGACCUCGAAGUCCGCUGGCGAACCUCCAGUGAGCAGACCUUCAGUAUCAGCAUUGAGGACGAUGUUUCGGGUGGCUUCACAAAGACGUCCAUAGCAUGUGGACAGGACCCAAGGACAUGCAAAGCUUAUUUCACCAAGUUAAGCACAGAGGUGGCUCAUAAGGUGAAGGUGACGAAAGAUGAGACGGCCGUGUCGGUUUCCGUUCAGCCAGGCCAAGAUGCCACGACGCCCCUUUCCAUUACGCGAAUCUCCAAAGUCUCAACACUGCGUCCUCAAGCGCAGCUGACGAUCUCGUCCGCCGUAGACGUCGAAGCGGUGAAGUACCUCGAGUACGUGGUGAUCGAACCCCCUGUUGGCAGCGAUAUUGUUCAACACAUUGCCUUCGCAGACUUCAGUGACAUCAUACACACAGGCAACACCAUAACAUUCGAAGACGUAGAAGCGCCGAAGACGGGCGUCGAAGUGACGGUGAUGGUCAUUGCGCACGCGGGCGACGGCGCGGACUCGGACGCCCUGGCCUUCGGGAAGGUCUUGAUCACUUUUGAAGAUAUCAAGCUCCCAAUCAUGACGAAAGUGGGAACAGAAGCGUUCCAAUCCCUCAAAGUGGAGACGAGAGCAAUGGCAGUCAAUGUGAAUGGUGUCCUGUGUGAAGCCAGCACAAUCUGCUACGAUUUGGAGCCACAUAAUAUCCUGGAGCCUCCCGAAGUCUGCAGGAACAACACCCCGACCGUCGAGCAGUGUGACAUGACGGCAGCAUACGUACAGCCAGAGGCUCUGAUCGAUCCGUCGGUUCAGCUGAGCUUCACCGGCCAGUCUGAGGAGGACCUGACUGUCGCCGCCGAAUUCUCCGAAACGUCGCUCACAGUGGAAGCGAAACUCUACAUAGGCUUGGAGGAUCUGACCCCGGAGCCACUAACCUGCGAUAUCACUGGCCAAUCGACAAAGAUCUGCGCAUUCAAGGUUGAGCCAAAAGUGACGGAAUUUAAGAUUUUGCUGAUGGUUUUAGAUGCUCAAACGAUUGUGGUACAAUCUCAUGUUGUGGAAUUUGAAGAUUUCCAAACUCGAAUUCGACAACUGACAUCAAACGCCAUCGAAGUCCGUUGGCGAGCUUCACAAAACCAGGAAUACGACGUCGAAAUCUUUCCUGAAGUCAAAAGUAGCUUCAGCAACACUUCAGUACUGUGUGGAGGUGAAAAGCCUGAAGACAGCGACCUCUGUCUGGCUUACUUCAUAGCGUUAGACCCCACUGAGAAUUAUACGGCCAGUGUAAGGACGAGAAACAGCGAGAUGAGUGUGCUGGCGGUCGUGCAGAUGGAGGCUCGCGUGGAAGCGUUAAACAUAACAGAACUGACCCUCGCCAAGACUGAAGACGCGAGUACAGAGCUUAACGUGUGCUUUAUCGAGAGACAACUGGCGGAAAACGAGGCUCGGAUAGAAGAGAAAAACCUUCUGUACAAAUUAGUGGCGGUGGAUGCCACUGGACGACAGUUACGGAUGACGUCGAAUUCCUCUCUCGUAUCCUCAUCCGUCCUCGAGGGGAAGCUGUGUCUCGGUCCGCUCCCUCUUGACUUCGACUUCGACUUGAGUGACAAGGUCCGGAUUCUCGUGACGCAGGAGGACCUCGAUACUGACGAAGUCGUAGCUGGAGACGUCGGGGUGUUCCUUUUGGACCUUCGCCAAGUGGACGUGAGGCAAGUGGGCGCGAAGACCGUGCGGGCGAAGUGGACCAACAACAACGGGGCCCUCAGCUUCGACGUCGGGAUUGGCGUCGACGACCUCUUCUCCGUGGAGUGUGGCGUGGGGGGGGACGCCGAAGAAGAGUGCUUGCGAUACCUCCACGUGGAAAGCACAAGCAAGCAAGUCACGGUUACGUUGAGGGAGAUUGGGCUUAGUGUGGACCAGCAAGUGGAGGUUACACUCACGCUGAGGGAUUUCGAUGACAUACAAAUAAGCAAAACGGAUUUAACUUGGGACGGUCGUCUGCGCGUCUGCUUUGAGCCCAACUCCAUGGAUUCGCUUUACUUCCUGGCUUUGGAGAAUGAGGAAGGCGCCGUUCAGGAGGUCCCCCAGCUUCGCCCCUACGUUGAGGACGGCCUCACCUGCGUGUUAAGCAAUGACGCCAUGCAGACAGAAGGAUACGUGUCCUUAUGGGCUCUCUUAACAGCCUUCGACGUCUCUGGCGCAGUAGUGCAAGCCUCUGGGAAUACUAAUGUCACCGACUUUUUCUUAAGCUCCAGAAGAAGAGUCAGCGCGGCCUUGAACGCCGACACCCACGACCUCCUUGUGUCGUGGUUCCUCCUCAGCGAUCCCAGAACCAUCAGCUCUUACGACGUGACGCUCGAGGAGACCACAGCAGACGGCACGAACGAGCUGGUGACUGUAGGGAAUACCGAAUCGUCCCACGUCUUCAACGGCACGAAGGCAGGACGCUACUGUGUGUGCGUCGUGGCAUAUGUGAAGGAAAACAACGUGACCAGCCAAAAAGUGUGCAGUGCUAUUCUCUCCAUACUUCAGUCGGAUGUCGCAGUCCCCGGCGUGCCUGAACCAAGUCUGAAAUCCUCUGCGCCGACCAAGGUCCUCGUGACGUGGCAGAAACCCCAAGCGGAUCCCGACGUCUCCAGCUACGUCAUUACGUGGUCUUCCUCUACUUCCUUCUCGCCAACGCCGACGUCGCCGUCGUCAUCCAACCUCUCAAGCCCUGUCCACUCGGUCCUUCAUCCUCUUGGCCUCAUCCGACGAGCCAGUCCUCUUAGCGACGACGACCAAGACCUAUCCUUCGUGGUCGUUCCGUCGUCCACCACGAGCGUCGAAGUGGACGACCUCACGGCUUCUCAGAGCUAUAAGAUGUGUGUCAGCUCGGUCAAGAGCGACGUGAUAGGGAGCCAGAGUUGCAGUGACGUAAAUCAAGAGGGAUACCAGCCACUCGAGGUGCCGAAGGACCUUGCCCUUGAGGACGAGGCGCUCCACUGGCCUGACGUCAUCGGGGCUGCGAAAUACCAGGUGGAGUGGCGACCUCGCUACGAAGGCGGCCUCUUGGAAGGAGGUCUGGAGGAGGUCACUGGCACGACCUGGCUGACGCAGGACCUCGCUCCGGGGGCGUGGGUGGUGGAGGUCAGGGCGGCCUCGGACACGAGUGUGAGCGAGGCCGCAACCAUCAGGAUAUCGAAAAUUGGAAUCGCAUUCAGCCAAACGACGCAGACGAGCAACAGCCAAUUGGAGGUCAGCUGGUGGGAAGAGCCCGUUCCCUCCUGCGCACAAACUCCCUGCAAAUAUAUCAUUACCCUUUUUAAAACUAAGGACAAUUACAUACACUACUGUUCGGGACAAAGAGGAGACUGCACGAAGCUGCUGGACGUGAAAGGAGCGUCGGAAAUCGUGGUGGAGGUAAAGAGAGAAGCGUCCUCGAGUUUGGUGAGCCCGAGAGUCUUCACGUUCGAGGCCGUGGCCGAACUGCGCCAGAGCUUCUCCUCGGGCGGCGAGGCGGUGACGCUGUCGUGGGCGGAGACGAAGGGCGCCAAGCUGUACAACGUCACCCUGUUCGCCGACGCCGCCUCGGCCUCCGUCAGGCGGACUGAGAUGAUCAGCCGGCAGACAUAUAUUUUGAAGGGAAGUGAUCUGGUUGGUAGUGUGUUCCAAGUUCAACCCUGCGCAGAUAAAUACCACUGUGGCGACCCUAGGAAUAUCACACUGCAGGAGAUUUCAGAUGUGCCCCCGAGAGACGACACAGUUGUCAUCCUCGUCUCAGUCAUUGGCGGAGUCGUGGCGGUCAUCGUCAUCGUCGCCAUGGUGGCACUUGCUCUGAGAGAGACCGCCAAGAAUAAAGAGAGAGAUAAGAUACGUCAACGGGAAGAAGCUGCAAUGUCGUUCCCAGUCUACAACGAGUGGGGGGCAAGGCCUCUCGGUCGACCCGCGCAGCCGCCUCCUCAGGCCUCAGCCUACAAUAGCUCGGACAGUCAUUCGGGUCACCAGAGAGACCCAGUAUCCCAGAGAAGACACUAGUAGACAACCAGGAGUGUCAAGCAAAUCGUCCUUUUAUUAAAUAUAUUUCCAAACGAUACAAGUUGAAUAUCACAUUUAUAGAAAAAAGGUUCCCCUUUGUUUACACUGAACCGGUGUUUUUCCAUCUGGUGAAUUACGUUAUAAUCUUAUAAGGUGUAACCAAGUUCCUCUGAACAAAGUCAAACCACUUUGUAUUUCUAAAUUGUCUUCGUAAAUUUGUCUAAGUAAUAAAAAAGGGUAGCCUACCAUGUAUUGUUUGGUACUGAGCAGUCGUCAGUUAUUGUUAUAUACUAGUUAUUGCGCGAUUAACGUAAGCAUUUUGGGAUUUUCUUGUAGAAACUACCAGGUAUUCACUUGUAUCGCAUUUUAAACUUAGUGUCAUAUCUAAGCCGACAUAUUAUGAAAGUUAGAUGUAUUUUAAUUUGCUAGAAUAAGUGUAAAGCAAAUCGUAUAAAAUAGACAGUACAUAUACACAAACACACGCACGCACAUUUACAUCAUAAAUACAUUCAUACAUACAUACCGUACCUAUUGUAUAUAUUACCUAUACACUUAAUUUCACGAAAAAAAUGUGAAAUUGUUGAAAACUGUAAUUUAAUGUACUAGUACUUAGAUGAAUAUUCGCCUCAAUUUUCUUGCAUCGGGAGCAAAAUUGUACUUAGAUUAAUUACCAAUAUAGAUUUAAUUACUGUAGAAAAUAUUAACAUUUUAUAAUAAAUAUUUUGUCA